GGAGGUACAAAGUACAUACUCUUAAUAAAAGAGUAUGGUGGUGGCCCUGUUCUAUGCUCUGCUGCUGAUGCUGCUGCUGCUGAGUGCUGACGACCUUCAAGUCGGCGCUCAUCCUGGUCUUCUUCUUCUUCGCCGCGCUGCUCUUCUCCAUGGCUUUCCAUCCCUCACCGCCGCCGCCACGGUUUCAGGCCUACCACGACGACCGCUACCCCUUCUUCUACUACUGAAAGAACUCAUGUCGUCGUUCAUCCAUCCAGCCGUGAACUGCAUGCAUGCAGAUUACAUAUAUAUUAUUAUUGUCCUUCAUUCUCUUAUAAUUAAUUAGCAAUCCGCUAAUUUCAGUCGAUCGUGUGCUUGUAGUAGUAGUAGUAGUUAAAAUUAAAGCGGCAGCAAGUCAAUAAUUCACCCGUGGACUGGAGAUAAUUAAGACGGAUGGAAGAGGAGGGUGUGACGUCGCUGUCUCCCCCUUUGCUGAUUGCUUUCUUUCCCUCUCUCAUCCCCUAGCCAGAGUCCACCACCACCACCUGCUUCUGCCUUCUGCUUGUUGGUCCCUUCAGCUAGCAUAGCAUAUUCAUGGAGGCGCUGCUGACGCUGCUCUUCAACGCCCUGCUGCUGGUGUUCGUGGUCAAGCUCUUCUUCGCCUUGUUCCACAUGAAGCUUGUCGUCAUCCUCCUCUACAUCGCCGUCCUCCUCUUCGCCAUGGCCCUCACCGGCAGAUUCCCCGCUAGCUACAUCUUAAUUGGCGAUCAGAGGAGAGAGGACCCAACCCAAUCCACCCAGGCAUCAUGCAUCAUGAUCUUGUGGUCAAAAGUCAAUUCAGAUGGUAUUUUGCUUGACGCACUAGCUGAUGUGGUAAAGGUAACUGGUUCCUUUUCUAUUGCUUCUGAGAUACUAUACACCCCCUCCCCUCUUCGUCCAAGUUGCUUUCGAGUUAUCUCUUGUUGAAAAUGUUUAGUGCAGCCUGGAACUCCAAGGCCACAGAUGUAUUAGUGAAAACAGCCAUGGUGUGUUCAUUGUACAUAAUUUGGAAAUUGAAAGGUCUGGUUCUGGUAUAAGUGUCCCGGAAUUAAGGAGCUUUUGCAAUGACAUACUCUUACUGGAGCUCCAUAAAUUUUGCUUAAGAAAGCUAAAUCAUAUCAACUAA